AAAACUGGUUCAGCCAAACAGAACAUCGAGGCUGGUCGAGCUGCAGAAAAAAACCGAACGUCCGUCUGAGAAGUUGGAGAGAGAGAAAGAGAGGGAAGGAGAUGGGGAUCAGAUUCAUACUUAUGGUGAACAAGCAGGGGCAGACCCGACUUGCCCAAUACUACGAAUACCUCACUCUCGAAGAACGGCGAGCUCUUGAAGCUGAAAUCGUCCGCAAAUGCCUCGCCCGCAACGAGCAACAGUGUUCGUUUGUUGAGCACCGGAACUACAAAAUUGUGUACAGGCGCUAUGCUUCGUUGUUUUUUCUGGUUGGAGUCGACAAUGAUGAAAAUGAGCUUGCAAUUUUGGAAUUCAUACAUCUGUUGGUUGAAACCAUGGAUCGCCAUUUCGGCAAUGUGUGUGAACUAGACAUCAUGUUCCAUUUGGAGAAAGCGCAUUUCAUGCUAGAAGAAAUGGUCAUGAAUGGAUGCAUUGUUGAGACGAGUAAGUCUAACAUUCUGGCACCGAUACAGCUGAUGGACAAAAUGACUUAGAAAGAUGCCGUUGUAGAUGCUAGUUCGCUAUGCAUUGUAUCGAGUUACUUGAAGGGUUUGAAUUUAUUUGUGUUUGCCUGUUGUACAAUAACUGCAAAGAGGAUAAAUACCAUAUUUUUUUCUUUGUUAAUGAAAAUCGUCGUUUAUUUUGCUUGAAUA